UCACCUCAGUCAAAUAUUUCUCUGAUGUUUGUUCAUCUCUCAUCUAUCAAGAUGGAGCUGCACAGAACCAUUCUCAUCCUUACCAUUGUUCUCUCAAAUGGUGCUGCAUUUGAACAUGAAGCUUACGUAUUUGAAGCAUGCUCUGAUACAGAAGAAGAGUUUUUCAUUGGAUAUGAUGAAGAGGAGAUGUGGCACACCGACUUUGAUCAGAAGAAAGGAGUAGUGACAUUCCCUGAAAUUGCAGGAAAUAUAACAUUUCCUGGAGUUUAUGAACUCAGUGUUAGUGAAAUGGCAAUAUGCAAAAGUAACUUACAAAUUUACAAAAUCAUUUUCAAGAGCCCACCACCACAACUGGAUGCACCUCAGACUUCCAUCUAUCCAAAGGAUAAUGUACAGCUGGGUAUUCUGAACAACCUUGUCUGUCAUGUGACUGGCUUCUACCCUCCAUCUGUCAGAGUAUUAUGGAUGAAGAAUAAUGUUAAUGUGACAGAGGGUAUGAGUUUAAGUCAGUACCGUCCGAGGACAGAUGGUACAUUUAACAUAUUCUCCACUCUUGAGUUUACACCUGCUGAAGGAGACAUUUACAGCUGCAUGGUGAACCACAGAGCCCUCCAGGGUCAACCUCAGACCAAAAUAUGGGAAGUUCAAGUUGCCCUCCCAAGUGUUGGUCCAGCUGUGUUCUGUGGAAUGGGUCUGACUCUUGGACUUUUGGGAGUCGCUGCUGGAACAUUGUUCCUCAUUAAAGGAAACAGCUGCAACUGACUAUGGAACCAUGGAAGCACACUUUGAAAAGUUCCAAUGUGGCAAGAAGUGGCGGAGUACAUGGGUGUCCGAGGAUGCUGUACAGUAGUUUGCGAACUAUUUGCUUCUGUUUAAAUUCAUACACAUUUGACAUAUCAGUGCAUAUAAUGAAAUAAAUACAAAAUAUUAGUAA